ACACACGAGACUUCCCCUUCCUGCCAGGAACAUCCUGUUAUCAUUCCAUUGUUCCGGCCUCUCUCUGCUCUUUCACUUUCACAUUCCCCUCGCCAGUGCUGGCUGCAGGGGGGAGGAGCACAUUCAGCUGCUGAUUACAAUCUGCCCAGACAGACAGUUUCUGCCACAGCAACAGAACUGGGUGCCCUCCAUUGCAAAAGCUCCUUGUGGAUUGGCUCUGAUUCUCCGGAGGCCCUAGGGGACUUUUCACCCUGGAGCAGAGCCUGGCACAUCCCUGUGGUUAGGACCCCCUGCCUCAUCCGGCACACAAAGAGGAUGAAGUUCAGGCUGUUCGGACAACCCAGCAUUUCCUAACCCUGAGUACUCAACUUUGGAACCUAAAUAAAGUUCUUUUCAUGUGUUUUUUAAAAAUCCAUGUUGGAUCCUUUGCUGCAGGCUGCCUGGAGAGCCGAUGUUCCUACAGGCCCUACAAGUGAGCAACAGGGUUUAUUCCUGAGUUGGAAUUGCAGUCGUUCCAAGGACAGACAAUGGCAGCUGAGCUGGGUGCAAGUGCAGCUUUGGGUUUCCAGCUCCAGGCACCACUACAGCAGGGAAUGCAGCCCCCAGUGAAAAUGGAAGAGCAGAACCCAGUCAGCCCCAAGCCAGGGGAGAGAGCGGAAGGGGCAGAAAAGGCCCUUUGUGUCAUCCAGGCUGGUACCAUUGGGGGGCUACUGAGAUGGGCAGCACCACGAUGGGUCAAGCAGGAGCCACAGAAAAAGCCAGCCACCCUCCGUGGGGAUGACACCCACAUAGAGUCGCGGCGUCGGCGCUUCAGGCAGUUCCACUACCAGGAGGCCAAGGGGCCCCAGGAGGCUUACAGCCGCCUCCAGGAGCUCUGCCAUGGCUGGCUGGAGCCGCAGAGCCGCACCAAGGAGCAGAUCCUGGAGCUGCUGAUCCUGGAGCAGUUACUAACCAUACUGCCAGAGGAAAUGCAGAGCUGGGUCUGGGAACGUGGCCCUGAAACCUGUGCCCAGGCGGUGGCCCUGGCAGAGGGGUUCCAGCUGAGGCAGCCAGAGUUUGAGGGGCCAGGGCUACAGGUCAUGGUGUGUGUAAAGGUUGAGGAAGUGGCCUCAGAAGAAAAGGCGUCCCCUGGGGCACUGUGGGAAUCUGCUGGCUCCAGACUAGAGCAGCCACAGUCCCAUCCCGGGUGUGCAUCCCAGGACGGGGAAUGGAAUGAAGCUUCAGGAUCCCUGUACAAGCUGCCUCAUAUCCCCAAAGAGGAGCACCAGCCCCUCCAGGAAAUAGCCGAUGGCAAGGCCAGUGGUGACGACAAAAGUGAAACGUGUCACUCAGGAGAGCAACCAAAACACAAGACAAAGAAUGGGCAGCAUCGCCCUGGGGAACACAACCCGGCAGAACAAGCUCAUAAGCGCACCAAGAGUGGGAAGGGCAUCAGUGUCGGCUCUGCCCUUAUUACACCACAAAGAGUCCACGCGAGCAAGAAACGCUGGACCUGUGAUGAGUGUGGGAAAAGACUUGGCGACAGCUCGGCUCUCACAAAACACCGGAGGAUGCACACCGGCCAGAAACCUUUUGUCUGCACUGCCUGUGGUAGGAGCUUCAGCCAGAGCUCGGUCCUCAUGACGCACCAGAGAACUCACACCGGGGAGAGACCUUACAUCUGCACCGAGUGUGGGCGACGCUUCAGCGACAGCUCCAACCUCACUCGGCACCAGAGAACCCAUGUGGGCCAGAGACCCUAUAUCUGCACCGUCUGCGGGAGACGCUUCAGCCAGAGCUCACAUCUCACGAGACAUCAGAGGACCCACACGUCUCAUAACCAUGGGCACAGCUGCACAGCAGGUCCUGAGCAGCCACUGCCCCAGAGCAGCCCCAUGGCAGGGGGUCUUGUGGCCUAGCAUGUGUCAGGUAUCUGGGCCUCUGCCCUGGUCUCACAGAUAUAGAAUGGGAAAGGAUUGGGGAGAAGUUUAGGGAGCACUUUCCUGGGGUGACUGAAUGCUGCGAGGAGGGAUUGUGAUGGGUGAUCACAGUGAAAAGCAGAUAUGGUCUUGCAUACUAAGAGGUUGGGGCGAGGGUAAGCUGGGAAUCAGGACUCCUGGGUUCUGUUCCCAGCUCCCGGAGAAGUGUGACAUCUAGAGUUGGAGCAGGACUGUCAGUUGGGAGAUCCUGAGGUCUGUUUUUGAGGCUACAGAUAUGUUUUCUCCCCAUAUCCACACCCUCUAUUUGUAAAAGGCUUUUGGCUCCCUCCGUGAAAACACUGUUAAGUAGUGAAAAGUAAACAGGGGCUCAAGGACAGGGAUGCAUUUGCAGCCAAUAGGUGGCUUGAUACAGAGGUGAUGACUCAAGAUGGGAGGAGAAGUGCCUGAGAUCAACAGAGAAUUGAAGUCCAUUUCUAAUUGAGCACCCCAUGGGUUUGGGGAUCCAGCAGGGCAGAAGGGUUCAACGCCCCACAGCUCUCUCCAUCUCACCCGCAGGUGCUGAGCAGCUAGAUCUAAAGGAACAUCCCUGGGCUGUAAAUAUAGACUUCCAGGCCCUGAACUCCCCUAUGUCUUGCACUUGGCCCUGCAGGCUCCUUUCUGCUUGUUUGGGCUUUAGGGGUAGCAGUAUCAUGUGUUUUCCUUUUGCCUGGCUGCUGGGAACCUGCCUUGGAACCCUGAAUUCCCUGUAAACAAGGCCCCAAAUCAGGGGUUCAUUCUAUUCCAGACACUCCCUUGCAGGUGUUUGUGCUUCGGCUGCUGGGAGGGAGCAGCCAGAGCAGUGAAAAUGCAAAUGCUGCUUUAACUGGUAGGAGCUCCCUUGUCUCUUCUAAAGCUUCUUCCCCAGCUCCCAGCCUGGAGCUCCCCACAGCUUUACAUUGCAUCUGCCCCAUUUCUAUCCUCACUUGGGACUCUGCUACCCUGCAGCUCCCAAGCCAUAUCUACACUGCAGUGGCACAGUAACAUAGUAGACACUUCCUACAUUGACAGAAUGGGUUUUUCCAUCAAUAUUUAUCCACCUCUCUGAGUGGCAGUAGCUAGUACGAUGGAAGAAUUGAUCUAACACUGGAGGUUAGAUUAAUCUAACUACAUCACACAAGGCACAGUUUUUUUCAUGGCCUUUAGUGAUGUAUCUAGGUCAAUCAAAUUUUUUAGGUGUAGAUCAGAUCUUAGUCACGAGGACCCAUUACAUCUUGGCUUUGUCCUGGUAACUGCUAAACGCUGCACUGUAGCCUAGUCCUAACCAUAUCCAUGUAACAGGGUUACAAUCUCGGCCCAGCCAAGGUCACAAGGACAUGGCUCUUCUUUGCACUGGAACAUUGACCCAUGCUGUAACCAGGUUCUUAUGAAAGUGUUGAUGGGUCUGGGAUAUGUGCAUAGUGAGAGGGAACUGCUGAGAUUGCUAGUUGUGCUGCCUUGGGGAAAUGAGACUCUGAAGCUCUGAGAGCAAAGGGCCAAUGUGUCAUACUCUCCACACAGGGCCAGAGCAAAGAUCCUGAUGUGCUGCAGCCCACGGUCCCCAUAGGGAAGCUGCACUGGCCAACAACAAAUCAUGUGGGGGAAAGAAACGAAAAGCCAAGGCAGAGCCAGGGACACAGCAACUGGCUGUGGGAUGGAGGCAGCUGGAGCCAAUGAGCCUGGGGCCAACAAGGCUCAUAAGAAUGGCCAAACUGGGUCAGACCAGAGGUUCAUCUCCCCCAGUAUCUUGUCUUCCAACAGUGGCUAAUGCCAGGUGCUUCAGAGGGAGUGAACAGAACAGGUAAUCAUCAAGUGAUCAU